AUGCGGUGCGGUUGGCGCGGCAGCCGGCUGCUCCAGCUCCUGCUCAACCUGGUCCAGCUCAUCGUCGCCGAAGACUCCCUGUCACAACUGUUGUCCCGGCUUGACGAUUCGCACCAAUGUGGUCGCGCGAUCUCAGCCGGUCGACUGCUCUCGACUGCCAUCAACGCACGAUUUCCGCGACUCAUUCCGCUAGCACGGUUUUUUGCCGAACAUCCAGGAGACUUCGAUGCCACUUUCCUCGAGAACUCCUCAUUCGAUCUGAAGCCACCUCUGAGGGCCAAUCUUACUGGAUACAAUCCUCUGUAUGCCCUCGAGUACAGCUGCGAGAACAUCACCAGUCGAUGGCUGCCCACUAUCGUCUUUCCCACCAAGGAUCCAAACGCGACCAACAGACGAGCCUACCUCACCCUUCGUAUGGAGUUCGACCUAGAUUUAUGCAAUAGUAUUCCCUGUAGCACAAAGUGCACAUGGACGGUUCAUGGAGGUUUGCGUGUAUUGGCGAAGACGUGCUGUGGAAAGGGCGAAGAUUCGGCCCUUUGUAGGACAGAUCCGGACAGAAAUCGUCCGAUGUUGCUGGUGGCGAAUGCGGCCUGUGCAGUAGCCUGUUUGGCACUGAUACCAGUCGUAUGUCGUGCUCGCCGUCGUGGCCAAGAGGCUCGCGGAUGGGCUCUCAUGGAGUUGUUUCUCAUUGGAGCCAGCAUUCUCUACCUGAUUGUGAUUCGUGACUACGGUCGAAAACGUUGUGAACAGAGAAAUGCUGGGGCUUUUCGGGUUAAAUCGACGGAGAGUUAUGGCGGAGUGCAGUAA